AUGGCUGUUCCUCCAGGAAGCAAACUGCUAAUUUUGGUGCUGUGCUUGAACUUCCCAUCGGAAGCGGAAUCCUGCCCAGGGGCUUGCGUAUGCUACAGCGAACCCAAGAUCACCAUCAGCUGCCAACAGCAAGGACUUGGAGCCAUCCCCACCGAAAUCCCCAUCCAGACUCAGCGUAUCUUCCUCCACAGCAACAAGAUCACCGUGAUCCGUUCCACCAGCUUCACCUCCUGCCGGAACAUGUCCAUCCUCUGGAUCCAUUCCAACAACAUCAGCCUGAUCGAACCCGGGGCUUUCUACGGGCUCGACAAGUUGGAGGAGCUGGACCUCAGCGACAACACCAACCUGAGGUCCAUCAACCCUUCCACCUUCCAAGGCCUUGUCCACCUCCAUACCUUGCACCUUGACCGUUGUGGCCUCCUGGAGCUCUCCACAGGGCUCUUCCGGGGGCUAUUCUCUCUGCAGUAUCUCUACCUGCAGGACAACAGCUUGCAGAACCUCCUGGACGACACCUUUCUGGAUCUUGCUAACCUCACCUAUCUGUUUUUGCACGGGAACAGAAUAAAGAGUUUGUCGGAAAACGUGUUCCGGGGGUUGAUCAACCUGGACCGACUCCUCUUGCAUCAGAACCGGGUCAGUGUGAUCCACCGCAGGGCUUUCCACGACCUGGGGAAAGUGAUGACCUUGUACCUUUUUAAUAACAACCUGACGGUGCUGACGGGAGAGACGAUGGCUCCCUUGGUCUCCCUCCAGUAUCUCCGCUUGAACGGCAACCAAUGGGUUUGCGACUGCCAAGCCCGGUCGCUCUGGGAUUGGUUCAAGCAGUUCAAAGGGUCUUCUUCGGAACUCGAGUGCCACCUGCCCGCUCACCUGGCAGGGAGGGACCUCAAACGGCUGCAGAGCGCCGACCUGGAGGGAUGCGUCGACUCUUUCAACCAGAUCAGAACAAGCGUCUUUAGCACUAAGACCAGGACUGGCAAAUUGCCAACCGCCGACCCUCCUCUAAGCCCCCAUGAUGGUGGGCGGAAAUGCUGUCAGCCGGAGAUGGAUAAGUCUUUUAUUUAUGAAGCCAAAGCCAAGGCAGGCCCGUCUUCCCACAGCAGCCGGGCCUCCUCCAACAACCCCCUCAAGGAUAAGGAAAACAUCGCCAAAACUAAGCCCCAGGUGGAGACGGACCCUUCCAAAAACAGCAGCAACAAACAGAUCAAUGACUCCCCCUUUGGGACCUUCCCCAGUGCAGUGGACCCUCCACUGACCAAUUUGAAACCUGAGUUCCUAGGCCCCAUCGAACCUUCGACAGUCCCGACCAAAAAGAGGCAGGGGUGUUCGAAAAAGAACAAAUCCAGAUCACAGUGUCGCAUGGCUCAGCCCACGCAAAGUACCACCUCACGGCUAAUCCCCAGCCUAUCGAUCUCUCUGUUGGUGUGGAGUCUAUUCUGGUCCUGUUGA